GUGAAUAUCAUUACUAUGGCAUUCAAUUCUAUCAAUGGUAUAUUAAAGGAUGCCGUAGUUGUUAAUAAAAUAGACAGUAAUGUAGUUUUAUUACUGAUAAUUUUACUGUGCACCAUCAUAUACCUUUACGGUACUAAGAAGAAAUAUAAAUUGCCUCCUGGCCCAAUCGGUUUACCAAUUCUGGGGUACUUACCAUUUCUAGGAAAGGAACCUCACAAAACAUUGUCAGCCCUUGCUAAGAAGUAUGGGAAUGUAUUUGGAUUGUACUUUGGUAGGCAAUAUGCUGUUGUUAUAAACGAAUGGACAGCUGUUAGAGAGGCUUUCGGCCAAUCUGCCACUACCGACAAACCUCCAAAUUUCUUCGACUUAAUGCCAAAUGGUUUGGGUUUCAGUGGACAAAACGGAUCCGAAUGGGCAGAACAGAGAAGAUUCGCCAUAAAAGCCAUGAAAGACGUUGGACUAGGACGAACACGUUGGGAAGAAUUGGUUCAGGUGAAAAUACAAUGAAAUUACAAGAAUAUUUUAAAAUUAUUUAUAAUUUCAUCCCUUCAACUUUUACAUAUUAAAGUUUUGGUUCUGCAUAAAUAAAAAUGCACAAAUGAAUAACAAAUACCUCGACAUUUAUGUUUUUUCUCCUCAGUAGACUCAAUAUUCCUUCCAACAUACCUGCAUUUGCUAUCAUAAUUUUAAUAAAGAAAUUCAUUUACUAC